UGUUAGCGAAGCGAUAGAACGACGCGGCCCAUGGAAGACGUCGGUGUUGCAACGCUGACGCUAUUGACGGGCCUGCUCUUCGCCAUCCUCGUCUUCGGAAUAACAAGCGGCGAAUCGCAGCUGAAAUUUUUGGCAGCGUUAACGAAGCAGAGCAAACACACAGUUAAAGUGUGGCGAGCGAGCGAGCGAGUUCCAACGCUGGCGAGAGCGCUCUCUUCUACAAAAUUCCCAGUCUUCUUUAAAACAUUUACGGGGUUGAAAGCAUGUGUCACAAAUAUCGUUCAGAUCAUAUGAUGAUUAUUUACGCAUGGAAGUGAAAAACUAUAGCUGUGAAAGAUACAAGUCCAUAUUGUGUACAAGUAAUAAAAAAGCAAGAUUGUAGCCAAUUUUCGAAAUAGUGCAUUAAAGUAAUAAUAAGGGCGAAAAAUUGGUUGAAGAAAACUGGUGCACCUCUUCGAUAUAGUGAGCGUACCUGACUUUUAAUUAUCACUAAACAAAGAUUGACAGAUACUAGUGAAAUGGCAUCCAAUCGCAGUGUGUUAAAGGAUCGCCUCUCAUGCAGGCAGGUACUCAACAUCAUGGUGAUUCUCGGCUUCAUGCUGAACUAUAUGCUACGCGUGAAUUUGACGAUAGCGAUCGUCUCGAUGGCGACACCGGACAAUAGUAGCAGUCAACAUUCGCAUUCCAAGGAAUCGUUGUCGGUGGCGGACGAAUGCGCUGGCUGGACAAUGAUGAACGACCUCAUCCCGAUCAACGACACCAGAACCCCAGCGAUCCAUGUCGACGUUAAUAGAGUCAACGAGACGAACAACGCUACUACGCUCCUAUCAUCGUUCCCCCAGUGGCACCCGGAGGAACGAGCUCAGACCAAGUAUCCAUGGAACGAAUACGAAGUGAAUCUGAUUCUCGGCAGCUUCUUCUGGGGCUACAUAUGUACGGAGAUACCGGGCGGUCGACUCGCAGAAGUAAUUGGCACCAGGAGGGUUUUCGGCUACAGCAUGCUGGUAUCGAGUUUCAUCACUCUGUUGACGCCAUUAGCAGCUACAUUCGGUUAUGCCGUCGUUGCCGCGUUGAGAGUCAUACUGGGAUUUAUGCUGGGUGCUACCUGGCCUGCCAUCCAGCCAAUGACUGCUCGAUGGAUUCCACCGACGGAGCGUAGCAAGUUCGUCUCUAACAUGAUGGCCUCGUCGCUCGGCGCCGCGAUAACUAUGCCGAUAUGCGGUUUCCUCAUCGACUCACUCGGCUGGGAGUCAGUCUUCUAUGUGACCGGCGCGAUCGGGAUUAUAUGGAGCGUGGCGUGGUUCUUGCUGGUGUUCGACUCACCGUCGCAGCAUCCGCGAAUCAGCGUGGAGGAGCGACGUUAUAUCGAGGAUUCGAUUGGAACGACCGCCACUAACAAGCAUUUGCCAGUGCCAUGGCGCUCAAUUGUCACUUCGGGACCUGUUUGGGCUAUUGUGAUAACGCACGCAUGCAGCGUUUUCGGUUACUUCACCAUUGUAAAUCAACUCCCGACUUAUAUGAAAUAUAUUUUGCACUUCAACAUUAAGGAAAACGGCCUCUUAUCCUCAUUACCUUAUCUCGGCAAGUACAUUUUCGCGUUAUCAAUGUCAGCCCUGGCCGAUUACCUGCGUCGCACGAACAAACUAUCCGUAACUGCAAUACGCAAAAUUUUCACGACAUUCGCUAUUAUAACUCCUAGCAUCCUCAUGGUGAUUCAAGUAUAUCACGGUUGCAAUCGUGCGGCGUCGGUUGCUAUAUUCACCGUCGGUCUGACGAUAAACGGCGCCGUGACGGCCGGUUAUCUGGGAAACGGUCUCGAUAUCGCGCCCAAUUUUUCCGGGACCAUAUUCGGCAUUGCCAAUACCUUCAGCUCAAUGGGCGGUUUUAUUAGCAGCUUCAUGGUCGGCACCAUCACGUACAAAAAUCAGACUUACACGCAAUGGACCAUCAUCUUUUGGACCUUGGCGGCCACUUAUUUCACCGGUGCGCUGACAUUCCUCAUUUUCGGCACCGGCGAGUUGCAAAAGUGGAACAAUCCGCCCGAUAGCCAAAAGAGAAAAAACGGCGAUACCCUGGAGGAUAGUGUCGAAUCGGUCCCUCUCAAAAGUAAAAUAAUUUCGUAGCGUCUUGAGUGAUAUGCCUUUCCUCAGACUGCCAAGACAUUACGACGAUGGAGGUGUCGAUUUAUCGCAAUGCGAUAUAUUCCAAAUGGGACAGUAUUCGUUUUUAUUAUCUUGAAAUUUUAAACCGAUCAAUUGACCCUAUAGCUUGGCAGCAGCUUGCAAAAUAUCCUUGUUUUUCACUGCCUAUUAACUUUUUGCUUAGAGUUAAGAAAUGUCUUUCAAAUCAUAAAAUCGAUAUAAUUUAUUAUUAUCUCUCUCAUUUUAUAUUUUAUCUCUAAGUAGUGGAAUGCAAAAAAAAUAUAAAGAAAUCUUGAUUUUUUUAGAUAAGUUUUAUUAAAAUUGUAUAUUUCUCUUCUUAUGUUUUGCUUUCUUAGAUAUGCCAAGUUCGGAGUUGAUUGAUGUAGAAUGAUCGAGUGUAUUUUUACACUCACUUUUUUCACUGAUACUAAUGUAUAUUACACAAUAAGCUUGCAUAGUUACCAAAGGAAAGAAAGAAUUAAAGAUAAAUAAAUAAAAGUGUUUAGUUUAUAUUAAACGAUUAUUUAGUAUAAUUUGUGAAUGUAUGCAAAUUUAUAAAUAAAUUUUUAGCAAGUA